AGAAAAAAGACGUCACAAUAUGAAGUUGAGUAAGUUGCAUUCUGUAAAAAUUAUUUGAAAGUUUUGUAAAAGUAACUCCCUUUUAUGGACAUUGACGCUGACUAUGAGAACGACGAACACUUUCUUUGUUGAAAGGGAAAAACCAGAGGCACAAUUUGUAGGUAUCAGCCUCCAGACAUGGACAGUAAUCGGUCCCCUCGUCCUACUGCUGGCCACACUCAAGAGUUCGCUGUUUGAGGACGAUGCUCGGAAUCUACAGGAUUACCGGGUGAUGGGAUACGCUGUCGAGUUCGGACUCAUUGUGACGCUGUGCUACACACUUUACAAGAUUUCACAAGUGUGGUACCUGCGGAAGUACAAACUAACGACCAUACCAACACCGGAAGUACUAAUUGAGGAAGAGUCUCCGCUGACAGAUGAUUGUGGUGUUGAACCGGAAGUGAAAACUGCGGUCGCAUGCCAAACUGAUACGCGAAACUACUCGGAGGAGUUGGAUAUUAUAAAGAAACGACACAGUAAAGAAAUUCGAACUAUCAAUAGAGAGAUCCGAAUGAUGCGCAGACGAUACUCGGAAAAAGUAUCAAAGGCCCGGGACCUGGUGAAAGAAACUGAUGCACGUCUGUCUAAUCUCCAGCUCAAGGUUCCCCAGCUCCUUAAGGAGAAGUCCUCCCUGGUGGACGAAAAGGAGGCGAUUGAUAAACAACUCCAGGAAGAACGAGAGCGUCAUCAGGAACUCAGGUCAAGAUUCAAUAAACUCCACAACCAGAUAGGUAAUCCUCUCGUGACUGGCCGGAACUACACCAACUAUCAUUAAAUCUGGACAUAUUUACUGAACGAGCUGGAAUAUAACUGCCAAUAAAGGUUGGGACGAACACACGUUCAACUAACUGCUAGCCAUGAUAGUGGAUGAUUUAUUAAGACCACACAAUAUUGAAACGAGAUGAAGGACAAGUAAUAUACAAGUUUGGAUUUACUUUAAGAUAUUUUAAUCAUGCCGUUUGGUUUCGGUAAUGAACAACUUUGGUCGAUAAGUAAAUAAAUAUAACAAUGCAUUGGUAUAUAAUUCAAAUGAAAUAAACAAAUUGCU